AUGACAAAUGGCACGUGUGUGAUGACGCAAGGAACCACUGGCGAUGGCCUGAAAAAUCUCGGGGUGCUUGACAAGAAGAACGAAGAAGAGGUUAGAGUUUUCCCCCUGGGAAAGAAGAAGGUGGAUGAAGUGUGCCUGCUUAGCAAGGCCGACAUGCUUAAGCUGGAGGAAUGGAACCGCGUGGUGCCGGAGAAGGUAGACCGGUGCGUGCACGAGCUGAUCACGGAGUGGUGCCGGGCUCAGCCUGAUGCACCUGCCGUGUGCGCGUGGGACGGAAACUUCACGUACGCUGAGCUGGACGCGCUUUCGUCAGCGCUGGCAGCACGCCUGACCGAGCGCGGCGUGGGGCCCGAAGUAUUUGUGCCGCUGUGCUUCGAGAAGUCGCGGUGGACGACGGUGGCAAUGGUGGCGGUUAUGAAAGCCGGCGGGGCUUUUAUGCUGUUGGAUCCUAGCCAGCCGCUACUGCGGUUGAAAGAGUUAUGUGCUGCCGUGAAGGCCACGCUUGUCCUGUCUUCUCCGACAAACGAGAGUCGCAGUAAAGAGCUGGCGGACACUGUGGUUGUGCUGAGCAGUACCGUGGGAAUCUUUUCAUCGUGCAACCUACAUGAUUAUAGAGCCACAACCCUCGCGCAGCCUCAUCACGCUAUUUAUGCCAGCUUUACUUCUGGAUCUACGGGAAUACCUAAAGUCGUUGUGGUUGAGCAUUCGGCAUAUUGCACCAACGCCUUGGCUCAUAGCAACGCUGCACAGCUUAACAAAGAUUCCCGCGUCCUACAGCUCGCAUCGUACGCGUUCGCUGUUGGCAUUGUGCAAAUGGUCACGACUUUGAUGGUUGGUGGAUGUGUUUGUGUUCCGUCAGACUCCGAUUGUCGUGACAACAUCGCUGCCGCAGUACGCAGGUUUAGAGCCAACUGGGCCGCUUUUACGCCCUCCGUCUUAAGAAAAGUGCGGCACGACGACAUGUCAAACUUGAAAAAUGUUAUUCUUUCGGGGGAGACGCCAGUAAGGAACGACAUCACAGCGUGGCCAGACCAUGUUCAAGUGACUAUAGCGUAUGGCUCCGCCGAGACUGUGUGCUGUGCCGCCACUCAAAACAUGGGAACACUCUCCAGCCCACAACUGAUAGGCAAGAUGACGGGAAGUGUUGGAUGGGUCGUUGAGCCGGACAAUCACCACAAGCUGGUACCGCUAGGCGCCGUUGGAGAGUUGCUUGUGGAAGGACCAAUUCUAGCACGAGGUUAUCUGAAUGAUGCAAAAAAGACCACCGAAGCUUUCAUUGAGGCUCCGAAUUGGUUCUCAGCGUUUUGUGAGAGGUACAGCAAACCGUCAAGACGUGAUGGUCGAAUGUACAAGACGGGUGAUCUGGUCCAGUUCCACGUGGAUGGCAGCCUUACAUUGGUCGGGCGAAAGGACACGCAGGUCAAGAUUCGCGGCCAACGGGUGGAACUAGGCGAGGUUGAGCAUCAUGUCCAGCAGAGCCUGGUAGGUGACACCAGUCCGCUAGUUGUGGCUGAGGUGGUGACGCCGCGUGGCAGCAACCACCCGAUGCUGAUGGCAUAUCUUGCAAUCGGCGAAGGAGCGAACGAGAGCCCAGAGCGUGUGCGAGCGACACUGGACAGAUGGACGGAAGGUGUAGAGGAACGGUUGAUGGAGCAGGUACCGCGGUACAUGGUACCGAGCGCAUACCUUGCGGUGGACACAAUCCCAAUGACGGCGACGGGAAAGACGGAUCGGAGGCGGCUCCGUGAGAUGGGCAGGGCGCUGACUCUGGAGCAGGUGAUAGAGAUGCAGCCGUGCCGUGGUGCACUCCGGGAACCAGCAACAGGAAUGGAGAAGCGAUUGCAGGGGCUGUGGGUCCACGUGCUCAACCUGCCGGCCGACAGAGUCCGGGCCGAUGACAGCUUCUUCCGCCUCGGCGGCGACUCCAUUGCUGCCGUGCAUCUCGUUGCGGCUGCCCGGGAGGAGGGUCUUUCACUGAGCGUGGCCGACGUCCUCAACACGCCGCGCCUCAGCCAGAUGGCACAUGUUGUCAAGGCAGAAAGCUAUGUCGAAGAGAGUCCUGUGCCGUUCUCUCUCCUGCAGCCGAGGAUCGACGUAGGUUUUGCUCGGGCCCAAGCAGCGGCCCAGUGUGGGGUGGACACAGACCUAGUGGAUGAUGUCUUCCCAUGCACGCCGCUGCAGGAAGGGAUGCUUGCCAUGACAGCCAAGCGAUCCGGUGCUUAUGCCAGCCAGAUUUUGUUUCAGAUUCGGAUCGACAUCGAAACCGAGCGCUUGAAACAAUCUUGGAGGGAGGUUGUUGCGACGAUGCCGAUUUUGCGGACAAGGAUCGUAAAUCUGGAGGGACAAGGGCUGGUCCAGGUUGUGAUUGCAGGACAGGGCUCGUUCACAGCCUGCGAGGACCUCGGAACUUAUUUAAAAGCGGAUAAACAGGAACCUAUGGGGUUGGGGGCGCCCCUUACCCGAUUUGCGAUAAUACACACCUGCAGCGACCAGCGCCUGCUGGUGUGGACAGUACACCAUGCACUCUUUGAUGGGUGGACGAUGCCACUAGUGCUCAAACAAGUGGAACAGGCAUACUACGGCCAUACCCGAGACCACCUAGUUCCGUUCCAGGGAUUCAUCAAACAUAUCCUACAGAGCAGCGGCGGUACCUGCGAGUACUGGCAGGGUCAACUCGGCGGGUCCGAGGCGGUGCCAUUCCCUAGUCUACCAUCGCCCGAUUACCAUCCCCAGGCGGAUGACGCGCUACAGCAUCCAAUCACGGGCCUGCAGUGGCCACGGAGCGAUAUUACCGCAUCGACGACAGUCCGAGCGGCAUGGGCGAUUUUGCAAGGCCAAUACACGAAUUCAUCGGAUGUGAUCUUUGGAGCCACGGUGACCGGACGGCAAGUACCAGUUCCAGGCGUAGAGCGUAUGGCAGGUCCCACUAUCGCAACAGUGCCCAUACGGGUCAAGCUCAACUGGGAGAUGGGCGUGCUGGAUUUACUGCGACAGGUACAGACCCAGGCUGUUGGUAUGAUGCAAUACGAGCAGACCGGACUACAGCAUAUCCGGCGGAUCAGACCUGACAUAGAGCAAGCAAGUCAGUUCCAAACUCUCGUUGUGGUGCAGCCUGCCGCGCGGGAUAAUGAUCCAGAGAGCAACAAGCUAUUCCGAGCUAGAAAUGACGCUGGAAAGGAUAGUGAUGGAGGGCUGAAUGCAUUCAACACGUAUGCGAUACUAGCGGAAUGCCAGCUAGGAGCGGAAGGCAUAAAGCUACGGAUCAGCUUCGAUAGCCAGGUGGUGGAGAGACUGCAGGUGCAGCGGAUGGCGCAGCAGCUGGAGCACGUGCUACGGCAGAUGUGUGCGGAGAGCUCGCCACCCCUGAUGGUCAAGGAUAUGUGCGGGGUGAGUCAGGAGGAUCUGAGGCAGCUGGCGCAGUGGAAUGGCUCGGUGCCGGCGCGGGUGGACCGGUGCGUGCACACGCUGGUGGAGGAGCGGUGCCGCGUGCAGCCCGCCGCGCCCGCCGUCUGCGCCUGGGACGGCGAUUUUACCUAUGGCGAGCUGGACGCGCUGUCAUCGACACUGGCCGCGCACCUGGCCGAGCGCGGGGUGGGGCCCGAGGUGUUUGUGCCUCUGUGCUUCGAGAAGUCGCGGUGGACGACAGUGGCGAUGUUCGGGGUGAUGAAGGCUGGCGGAGCGUUCGUGCUGCUGGACCCAUCACACCCCUGGGCGCGGCUAGAAGCAGUGUGCCGGACCAUCUCGGCGCCGCUGGUAGUGUCCUCGGCGGCGAACCGCGUACUGGCGGCUGAGCUAGCGGCGGUGGUGGUCGUGGUGGGCGACGAUGUGCCGGCGUGGCGUAGCCCUACCCAAACCUGGACGGGAUCUGCUGUGGCCCCGGACAAUGCCCUCUACGCUGUCUUCACCUCGGGUUCCACGGGCAGCCCGAAGGGCGUGGUGGUCCACCAUGCUGCGUUUUGUUCGAGCGCUCGCGCACAUAGCACACGUCUCGGUGUGACUUCGCAGUCUAGGAUCCUCCAAUUUGCUUCCUAUAGCUUCGAUGUCAGCAUAUCUGAUACACUCACCACCCUUCUCACCGGUGCCUGUAUAUGUGUGCCAUCCGCCAAUGAAUGUAACAGCGACCUAUCUCAGACAUUACAUACAUAUCGGAGUAAUUGGACUCACCUUACUCCGUCCGUGGGAAGACUGUUACUGCUACAAACGCGAUCUGAACUCCAAGUCUUGGCUCUCAUCGGAGAGCCCAUGACAAGGGCAGAUAUUCAGAAAUGGAGUUCCCGCGUUCGACUUAUCAACUCUUAUGGGCCAGCAGAAUGCUCGGUGAUUAGUACACUCCGAACAGAUAUUAAGGCCGGGUCUGACCCACAGAAUAUUGGCUAUGGGGCCGGCUGCGUCUGCUGGGUGGUGGACCCGGCGGACCACGAACGGCUAGUGCCGAUCGGGGCGGUGGGCGAGCUGCUGAUCGAGGGCCCAAUCGUCGGGCGCGGGUACCUGAAUGACCCGCAACGGACGGCGGCAGCGUUUGUCGCGCCUCCAGCCUGGCUGCAACAAUUCCGGAGCGGCAGCAGCAUCGGACGGCUAUACAAGACAGGAGACCUGGUUCAGUACGCAACGGAUGGGUCACUGCGGUUUGUGGAGCGCAAGGACACGCAGGUCAAGCUCCGCGGCCAGCGCAUCGAGCUGGGAGAGGUCGAGCACCACACGCGCCGGAGCUUCCCGGGCGCACGCGAAGUGGUGGCAGAUGUCGUGACGCCGGUGGAGGCUGGGCGGGCGCCGAUGCUGGUGGCUUUCGUCUCCGUCGACAACCAGACCAAGGAAGACAAGUGUAACGAGGAUGACAGGGCGGACGACAUCAAUGACAUACUGGCGGCGCCCACCGACGCCUUCCACGCGGCAGUCCUGGCCGCUGAGUUUACACUCCACGACUCUGUGCCGGCGUACAUGGUGCCGGCGGUGUUCCUGCCCCUGGUGGCUGUGCCUCUGACCGCCAACGGCAAGACUGAUCGUAGCCGGCUCCGCGAUCGCGCGGCCACUCUUACCCGAGCUGGGACCCAGGCCUACUGUAGCCCUACGCCAACCAAGCGCCGACCAACCACAGCCGCGGAGCGGACGCUCCAGCAACUAUGGGCACAGGUCCUGCAAAUCACGCCUGACUCAAUUGGUGCGGACGACAGCUUCUUCCGCCUGGGCGGCGACUCAAUUUCGGCAAUGCACCUUGCCAUUUUAGCAAGGUCUCAAGGCUUAGACCUAUCUGUCUCGUAUAUCUUUGCGCUACGACAGUUGAGUACUCUGGCUGCAGUCCUUGUCAAAAGCGAGAACGUCGAGGCGAGCACGAACGUCAAACCCUUCUCGCUUCUGGAUCCUCAACAAAAGUCUGUUCUCUUAAACUCACGACCGCGCACUCUUACCAACGACACAAAACUUGAUAUCAUGCCUGUCACAAAUUCUCAUUUUUUUUUUUGA